GGACACCGGAGGUAGCUGCAACAUGGCUGCGGCAGUGCCGGUCUGGUUCAUCUCCCUGGCCGCUCUCGGCGCGCUCUAUUUAUCCGCCGCCUGCAUCCCCCUCCUCGCUCGCCUCGCCCUCUGCCUCCGCCGGCCCAUCGACCUCCGCCGCCGCUACGGCACAUGGGCGGUGAUCACCGGCCCAACCACGGGGCUCGGGAAAGCCACGGCCAUGGAGCUCGCCAGCCGGGGCAUCAGCCUCGUCCUCCUCGACCUCGACGCCGCCAACCUACAAUCCGUCUCCGACACCAUCGCCCGAACCCACCCCAGCAUCCAGACUAAGACCGUGGUGUUCGACCUCUCCCUCGUGGGCACGGCCGCCGGCGACCAGGCGAUGCGAGAGCUCAGGGAGGCCGUGGAGGGGCUGGACGUGGGCGUGCUGGUGAACAACGCCGCCGUGGCGAGGCCGGGGGCGCUGUACGUGCACGAGGCGGACGUGGAGCGGCUGGCGAGGAUGAUACGGGUGAACGUGAUGGGGCUCUCGGAGGUGACCGCUGCCGUGCUUCCGGGGAUGCUGCAGCGAGAGAGGGGCGCCAUCGUCAAUGUCGGGUCCGGGUCUACCGUCGCCGUCCCGUCCUUCCCGCUCUACACCGUCUACAGCGCCACGAAACGGUACGUGGCUCACCUGUCCCGAUGCCUGGACGUGGAGUACAAGAGCAAAGGGAUCGACGUGCAGUGCCAGGUCCCGUUCUACGUGCACACCGGCAUGCUGUCGCCGGCGGUGAAGGCGACGCUGACCUUCCCGGUGUUCGUGGCGACAGCCGAGGCGUACGCCCGUGAUGCGGCCAGGUGGAUCGGCCACGGCGGCGCGAUCUGCGUGCCCGACGCGUCGCAGCAGCUGCAGUGGUUCCUCGCCGGCCUGGUGCCAGACGCCGUACACGACUGGUACAGGCUCCGGCAGCAUCUCAAACACAGGGCCAUCAUCCGGAAGCUCACGUGAGAGCUGACCGGCAUGCGUGCUUUGGAGGGUGGAUCGAGUGGCCUGGGGAUUGGUCGAAUCUGCAUAUAUCGAUACUAGCAGAAGCUGGCGCGGCGGCACGUCGCGCCCAUGCUAUGAUACUGUGUGGUAACAAUUCUUUCAUAUUGCCAGCAGGAUAUUACAUGAUAUGCAAAGAGAAAACAAUAGCACUGCUGGCCUCAGGACGCAAAUAAAAGUACCCCAUCUUGCAUAUUGUAGGCUUUGCUCAUCUACUAUCCUUGGCUAUGGCAGGCAUUAAGGCUGGAUCCUCUCCCAGAUUCACAUUUCGUGUGUUCAUAGUACUUGAUACUACGAAGUCACGAAUUACAACACAUAGGUAGGAAAGCAACUACUCGGCCAUGAUAGGGAGGUAGCAUAAGAGACUGUAAAACAUAUACUAAAACCAUGGUGGGCAUCAAAUGACGGAAUAACUGAGUGGGUUAUCAAACCUUACUACAUCACUACCAUGUUAAUUCCAAUAAAGAAUAAUUAGUAUGUACAUAAUUUAUUUUGACCUCAGCUGUUGGCAUUGUUAAAAUAAAUCCAACUUAUAUGUUGUCUAUACCUCUAGCUAGCCAUGUCCUCUUGCUCCACCCCAGCAGGCAUUAGUGUGUCCAGCUUUAUGUCCAGUCACCCGCCCGCCCUCGCCGUGCUCUAGGCACGUGUCCCAUGGCCCUCUGACAGCCACUGCCCUGCACCGGUCCAGGAAGUUCACGGGCAUCGAAGCCAUCCAGCUAAACAUUAAAGCAAUAGUGGCCUCGAGCGGCGCCGCUGUGCACGGCAUAGAGGCUUCGGAGGUGGAUGUGGAGGUCGACAGAGCGCCCAUACAUGUCAACCGAGGAUGACCUGGGGGCAGGCGCGUGCGGCAUGCCACCACACGCGAGCUGUGGCUUAGUGUAUUGCACCUUCUGCUUGAGUCACGUCCGCAGGGGAGUAUGACUUCAUGUGUUGCACCUUUUAUGGUUACUGCCCUUUGAUGGAUGCCUGGUAGUUGUGUAGUGUCAGGAAAACAGAAAUAAGAGGAAGAUACUAAAAUGUACCUGAUCAAGGUGAACAUUGCAUGCUCUGCACAAUUUUUUUUAUUCCAGCUGUAUGUCUUUAUCACUUCUGAGCAGCCUCAAUCUUUGUAGACAAAAAAUAAUUCCAGCCAUGCGAGGGCAGCGAUGUGGACAGAUGGCACUAUUGUUCAAUGGAGUACCAACCACUCAAGUAAGCACUGCCCAUUAGCUAACCCACCUACUGGACAUCAAAAAUUAGUAUGUGAGAUGAGAUCCUUAUAAACUACUUGUGGUGAAGCAGACAAAAUAUGAAUUAGUAAUAGUUAUUGACCAUUUUGUAAAAAUGUAUUGGUUAAGACCUUGAGAUCCAAUUGAAAGCAAUCAUUGGUAGGCGGACAUGUAUUUUUGUCUUUAUGUAUAAGCUUGAGCAAUGUUCUGUGGA